AUGUCGUCCCGACGAACAUCCAUCGACUUACCCAGCAUCGAAGAGGGACGAGAACCUCGAGCUCGAGCUCGAGGGCAACCUGGGCGGCCGCACGUCGUAUCACAAGACAACCGUCCAUCCUCGAGCCAGCCAAGGGGUGCUCACAACGACUAUGCCAAGCCUGCAGUCGAUGAACCCCGACCUGAGGCUCACAAUAUUGCUGGCGACGCAGCGGUCACUCCCGAAGAGCCGCCCUUCGCACGCGACCGAAGGGCGAAGUCCACACGAGACGAACUGGGGACAUCCAACGUCAGAGGCUGGGACUACGUGUACAGGCGGCUGCAGAUAUAUGAUCAGGAGAUGAUUAAGGGCUACUCUGAGGAUAUUGAUAAUCUCCGAUGCGCCUGGACCUCGCGUGCGCACCCGUUCUGCUAUUGA